GAAAAAAUGCAGGUCGCUCCCCAGGACUACCAGAAUGUUCCCAUCGACAUCCAGACCAGCAAACUCCUGGACUGGCUGCUGGACCGGCGGCACUGCGGGCGGCGCUGGCAGGCUCAGGUGCAGCAGGUGCGGGAGCGGAUCCAGGGGGCCCUGCAGGACAUGCCCGAGCACCCCGAGAUCAGAGAGCUGCUCCAGGGCUCCUACCUGCACUACUUCCACUGCCUGCGCAUCGUGGAGAUCCUCAAGGGCACCGAGGCCUCCACCAGGAACCUCUUCGGGCGCUACUCAUCCCAAAGGAUGAAGGACUGGCAGGAGAUCGUGUCCCUCUACGAGAAGGAGAACGCCUACCUGGCCGAGCUCUCCAGCCUGCUGGCCCGCAGCGUCACCUACGAGGUGCCGGCGCUGCGGCGGCAGCUGGGCCGGUGCCAGCAGGCACAGCAGGAGCUGGCACGGCGCGAGGACGAGUGCCAGCUCGGGGCCAGCGAGCUCCGGGAGCGCUUCCUGGGCUCCUGCCGCCAGUACGGGAUCAGUGGUGAGGACGUGCGUCGGGAGCUGCUGGCGCAGGUGCAGGCGCUGCCGUCGCUGCUGUCCCGCGUUGGGGACGGUGCCAGCGCCCUCGGGGACGCCAUCGAGCUGUACGAGGCCAGCGUGGCCUUUGUGUGUGACAGCCCCGGGGCCGCGGUGCUGCCGCUGCUGCGGUACGUGCAGCUCCACGGGAACUCCUCGGUGUUCCGCUGGCGCACCGGGCAGGAGCCGCGGCGGCUGGAGCGGCCGGAGCUGCGGGAGGCACCGGAGCCACCCCCCGAGGACACGAUCGAUUGGGGGGAUUUCCCCGCGGAGACGCCCCAGGGCGGGGACAUCGACUGGGGCAUCACGGUGGAGCCCAGUCCGCAGGGGGAUGAUGGCAUUGACUGGGGCGAUGGAGAGAAGGGGACAAUCACAGCAGAGCCCAGUCCCCAGGGGGAUGAUGGCAUCGACUGGGACACUGGAGAGGGACAGGAGGGGACAAUCACGGUGCUGGAGGCUGGAACUGAGGCCCCCGAGGGCGUGGCCCGUGGCUCGGACGCACUGACCCUGCUGGAGAACACCGAGACUCGGAACCAGUUCAUCGACGAGCUGAUGGAGCUGGAGCUGUUCCUGGCACAGCGGCUGCUGGAGAUGGAGGACGAGGCCGACGUGGUGGCCAUGAGCCAGCUGCAGCUGGCCCCAGCUGUGCUGCAGGGCCAGAGCAGCGAGCGAGUGCGGGCCCAGCUGGCCACAACGCGGGAGCUGCUGGCCCAGCUCUGCUCCCGCAGCGUGCAGCACCUCUGCAUGAUCCUCGCCUCGCCCAGGUACGUGGAGCGGGUGACAGCGCUGCUGAGGCAGAAGCUGCUCCAGGCCGAGCUGCUGCUGGCCAAGAGGGACGCGCUGGCCCAGAAACGCUGCCAGGCCCUGGCUGAGCAGGCGGCUCUGGAGCCCAAACUCCAGCAGCUGCAGGACAAGACCAAGGAGCUCCAGAAACUGAUCGAAGCCGACAUCUCCAAGCGCUAUGGGGGGCGCCCGGUGAACCUGAUGGGGAUCAACCUGUGACCCCCAGAGGGACAGUGGGGGUCCCCAAGGGGGUCCUGACCCUCCCAGACCCCCUGCCCAGCCCUGGGGGGCUGCUGGGUUUGGGGGUGUUGGUGAAUAAACAGAAAUUUUGUCUCAAA